AUGGCGAGCUCUUCGAAUCAUAGCAUCCUUGACGGCUUCAAGCUGGACAGGAUCCUCGACCAAGAUCCAAAAUCCAAAUCUGUCAAUCUCUUAGGAACGCUAGACACGUACCUUCCAAACGAAAUGCUUUCCUCGAGGGAGCGGGCAAUUCUUCUCGUGGAAAAGACGCACUUUCCCCAACCAUUCUUGGACCGCCUUAGGGAAUCACCGACAAGAUCGAACGUCGUCGAGGGCGUAGAAACUUCUUCGGAGCUGGAUCCCGCAGAGCAAAAAGUGCAACCUCAGAACGUGCGCUCGGAUCGUCCUCCCAUAUUCUCCAAGGUCAGCGAUCUCGGUCAGAACGACAUCUACACAUGGCUACUAGCACACUUCGGAUCUCGAAGUGUCGAUGCAGAUGUGAAAAUCACUCUGAUAAGGGGAGCCACACAGGCGCAUAUCGACAAGUACUCGGCUCAACGCAAGGUCAUGGUGUACGAGACGCCCGAAAUGUACCAGCAAAAGGUGCUGCCAUGGAUCGAAUCGUUUCCGCCGUCGCGUAUCCAGUGGGUGUACAACAUCUUGGAGCACAAGAAGGAGGCUGACAGCAUUUUGUUCGAAGAUCCAGAUCCCAAGAGCGGAUUCAUCGUGGUGCCUGAUCUCAAGUGGGACCAAAACACGACGUCGAGUCUCUACAUUCAGGCCAUCGUACACAACCGGGAGCUGAAAAGUAUACGUGACCUCACAAACGAGCAUAUCGGAAUGCUCGACAACAUCAAGAAAGAGGCAAGUCGAGUCGCGUUGGAGAAGUACGGCUUGACGGGCCGAGACGAUACCGCGGACGGCAACGUGCGAUGUUUCCUGCACUAUCAUCCGAGUUACUAG